CUUAGAUUUAACUUCAGAAUCAUUCAUAUCUUCUCUAAAAAGAUUUAUGAGCCGUCGAGGCAAACCUAUUACUAUCUUCAGUGAUAAUGCUACUAAUUUUACAGGAGCACACAAUACCCUAAAAGAAAUUAAGAAUUUUUUUAAAAUUAAUCACAACCUAGACCCAAUUCAAAAUUUUCUUGGUAAUCAAUUUGUUCAAUGGAAAUUUAUUCCAGCAAAUAGCCCACAUUGGGGAGGAUUGUGGGAAGCUGGCAUUAAAGCGACAAAGUUUCAUUUAAGACGAGUCGUGGGUAACCAUACGCUUACAUUUGAACAAUUUCUCACUGUUUUGAUCGAAAUAGAAGGAAUUUUAAACUCACGUCCUCUCAGCCCACUUUCUAGUGACCCAAAUGAUUUCACAUGUUUAACUCCAGGGCAUUUCUUAAUAGGAGACCCAAUAACUUCAAUCCCUGAAAUUAAUGUCAUGAAUGUUCCUGACAAUCGAUUAAAGUUUUGGCAACUCUGCACUAAAAUGAA